CAGGAGAGGAAAGCGGAAGGAGUCAGUAAAGCUGGUUGGGAGUCAGUAAAAUUGGUUUGGCUCUUCCAGCGAUUAGCUCUACAAAUUUGCUGUUUUUCUGCACAUCCUGCACUGCGUCUACGAGGAUGUGGUAUUUUGCCUGCUUUCUGGUUAUGUCAUAUGUGGCUGAGAGCCUAGGGAUUUCUGGGAAUUCCACAAACACCACAGCCACUCCAUAUACUGAAACUCCCAAGGUAACCGUGCAUGGCAAGCUUUUCGGUAUCAAUUUGGACAUGCUGCAAAGAGCGUUCUAUGUGCUGAUUGGGGUCAGUGUGCUGGCGGUGUUCUACUUCAUCAUUAGAACUGUACGGUUAAACAAGAAGCCACAAAGAAAGAAAUAUGGCUUGCUGUCGGAUUAUGAUGAGAACAUGGAGAUGGGGUCUGUUGAAAGUGAUGAGGAAAAGAUUUUUGAGGCCAGGAAUAUAAGAAGAUGAUUGACACCCAAUGACUUAUAUGUCACUACCAGCAAGAGAACUCCUUUAUACCAACAGCAGUUGUGGCUUUUGCCAUUUUCAUGAUGCCACGGCUGUUUUCUGGGAAUCCUGGUAACAGAGGAGGAAUGAAUGCUUGUGAUGUCAUAUUUUGUACUUAUUGAGAAACUGGCUAUGAUUUCUUAUGGUCUGACUCAGGUACUGGAGCCAUCUGGUGUCUGAAAAGAGGUGGUUAAAAUGGCUGCUCUGCCCUUUGAACAUAAUGCACAUUCCACGUAGCCUGCGAGGGACUGUUUUUGAUUGUCCCCUUGCAGUCAAAUGGAUCUGUUGGCUAUUAACUGAUGACUAACAUCUACUGUCAGUAUGCAGUUACAUUACUGGCAACUGAGUUUAAGUGUUGACUUAUUUUGUUUUUGGUUGCCAAAUAGAUAAUACAUUCCGGUUUAAUGAAAAGUGUUUCCAUUUUUAAUGAAAUUUGAUGCUAUGAUUGGGGGCAUUUUAUAACAAACGUUUUUUCCACUGUGCCUUUUUAUAUGGUAAUAAAACAUUCCUCUUUACUUAUGGAUGGGUUUUCAAUACUGGAGAUAUUGUGUAUGUUCUAUAACUAAUUCUUGCAACAAAACUUUAUGAUUGAUUUAUUGUUCUAAAUGCCACAUGUUUAAUAUGCACUAAAGUACUCUAUUCAAUGGU